AUGCCCCUGUCUGGCAAGUCGCCGGGGGAUCGGUUGGAGAGUGCCGCUGCCUCCCUUGGAGAUGGGCCGGGGGAGGAUGCUGCAACCAGGGCUGCGGCUGUCCACGUAGUCGACAAAUACGUCAGGAGCGGCAGCGUAGUGGCCUUGGGCACAGGUCAAGUGACAGGGAACAUUUUUGAUUAUCUGAAGGACUGCGUGGAUGUGAAGCUGCUCAAGGACAUCAAGAUCUUACCAACAUCAGAUGUGGCAGCCAGCGAAGCUGCAUUUCAUGGCCUUCCACAGACAAGCAUUGGAGAAACAGAUGAGGUUGAUGUUUUGUUCCAAGAAGUGGAUGAGAUCGACACAGCCUCAGGCACAUUCAUAUCUGGACGGCAGGCUGAGCCUCACCAACCCCAGUUGAUGAAAGCACGACUAGCUGCUAAGAGGGCCAAAGAGGUUGUGGCACUGCUUCAGACAGAGACUAAGGCAGAACGACUUGGAGGAUGGCUGCCUGUUGUGAUUGAAGGGGAUAACUGGGAAGACAUAGCGGAAGAGAUCGAUACCAUAUUCCUGGGGGAUGCAGAGAUUUGGCGACGGCCCACAGAAGGGACAGCGAAUCCAAGGGGAGGCAACAAUCCAUACCUGAGCCCAGAGGGCCACAACAUUAUUGACAUCAGAUUCGAUGGGACUCUCAAGCUGUAUGGCGAGGAGGUCGAGUAUGAGAAAAUAUCCAACGAGAUCAUGGCCGUAGCAGGGGUGGUGACGCACGGGCUGUUCCUCAACACUGCCACGGCAACACUCACAAUAAAGUCUGACGGCCCAGUGGUGGAGACUCUGGUAAACAAACACGGUUUUUCUUUUCUGUGGGAUGCGGGUGGUUUCUCAAUGUCUGAAUAA